GCAGACAGAGAGACAGGGGGAAAGGGGAUCUCUCCUGGCACAGAAUAUGCACUGGCAAAAAUCUUCCACACCUGAGCAACUGCCCCUGCCGCGCCCCUAUCAAGGUGUCCGCGUCAAAGAGCCCGUGAAGGAGCUUCUGAAGCGAAAACGUGGAAGUGUUCAGAAUGCAAACAUGGCUGCAGGAACCACGGUGUUUUUCCCCCAUCAGCCGCUUCCAUCCUAUUCACCCACUGGUCAGGUCUGCGCAGAGUCGGACUUGGUUGCUCCUUCGUUGCCCGUUACGGAUGAAACCUCGCUCUACUCCGGGUGGCUGGCGCAACCGGCCCCCGCCUCUCUACAGCCUUUGACCCAGUGGACCACAUACCCAGAUUAUGUGUCGCACGAAGCAGUCAGCUGCCCUUACACGGCGGAUAUGUACGUUCAGUCCGUGUGCCCCAGCUAUACGCUUGUCGGGACAUCCUCGGUACUGACCUACGCAUCACAGCCACUGAUCACAAACUUUGCGGCGAGACCCUCCACGCCGGCUGUCGUGCCUCACCUAGACGUGAUGGACCAGCAGCCGCCCCUGAGCUAUUUCCCGUGGACUCAGCCCAUCUCGACCUUGCCGACCCCUUCGCUGCAGUACCCACCAGCCUCAACGGCCCUCCCAGCCCCCCAGUUUGUUCCUCUUCCCCUUCCAGUUCCAGAACCGGUCCCGCAAGAGCUGGAGGAGGAGAGGAAGGAGAUGAGCACGCUGACCAUCGAGAAGCUCCUUUUGCAAGACGAGAGCGGCAGUGCCUAUGAUCUCAACAACAGCCUCUCCGUCAACGGACUUUAAAGCAGGCAUUUCAGCAAAUGUCGAAGGUGUGUGUGGAGUGACUCCCGCGUUUCAGCAAAGAAGUCAGCCCGGCUUGCUCAUCAGCUACACGGCGGAGGCUGAUGUGAUUCCAGUAAACCCGCUGUACAGAUCAGUGAUAUACCUUUUGAGACAUGAACAUAAGACCUUGUCCGAUUAAACUCUAAAGCAACACGUAAUGACACUUCAACGACACUGACUGAGCCGGUUGUCU